UUGGUUAAUAACAACCGUUUAUUUUCCCAUCUUAUUCUCUCUCUCUCUCCCCGGCCAAGAGAGAGGGUCCAGUCGUGGUUUUCUUCUCCACACUUCCGCCUCUCUCAUUCUCCAACUUGACACUCUGCGCAAAACCCAAUAAUGUUCGUAACAAGAUCCCAUCUUUCCCACGUGGAUGCGAUAAAAAAUUCCAAAGUUGCUCCACUUGUUGUUUGUCUUCGUCUUCCACACCAUUUCACGUGAUGCGCUACUCCAUUAUCCCUCUGGCUGCUUCAGCUGCCAUUCUUCCCUCUUCAAGCCCAGGUAAAGCUGGAUUUUUGUCUGGAUUUUCUGGAAUUGAGUCAGUUCCUGGUCCUGAGUUGCCUCAAAUCGACUUCCUAAAUCGCUUCAAAGAGGAAAACCAGAAGAAGUAUGCAGAAAAUGAUGCAAGAUUUAAAGAAUCACCCCUGCUCAAGAAGCUGCUAGGGAAAUCCAAGUUGAAUAAAGAGAAUAUGGAAAAUUUCAGGGACCGACUGGAGAUUGAAAACAAGUACUGCUUGAGUGGGGCUGAGUGGGGAGUUGGUGAUUGUUCAGCGGAGGGGAUGUCCGCCGAGAAUAGAGAGAAAUUCAUUGAAAUGCUGAAACAAAAGGCUGGAGUAAAUGAAUGAGCCAUUUCUAGUUUUUACCUCAACAAACAGAUCUUAAGUUGAGAAAGGGUGUAAUCCCAGUUUAGAAGGGCAACUGAGAACCAUGAACAAGAAGAAAAUGUUGACGAGCACAGCUUUGUUGCCAUGUUCCUGUGCUUUCAUUUGAAAAUGAUGCAGUUUGACUUGAUCCGCAUGAAAUUUUUUUUGAGACAACUCAAGCGCUAGAAAAAUAACUUAACAGUGUCUUUUAUGGUAAAAACAUUACUGUAAUACUGUAUUUAUCAUUUGGUUUAAUUUGAACUGACAUUUGGUUUGAUUCGAACUAA